AUGAGUGUGGGAGCUGAAGAUGCUCACGAAAAGAUGGUCGAACAUCUUCGACUGGCUGAAACUGCUCUUCAAGCAAAUGAUUUGACUGAAGCCGAGAACAACGUCACGAGGGCGUCGAUGUUUCAGACUCAGAUCAACGAUGAAGACUUGAAAAUUAGGUAUAAGGUAAGUUAACUUCAAAUUUAAUUUUCUUGUUUUGAAAGGUUUUUUUAAAAUUAUAUUCAUCUUCUAGGCCUUAUACGCUCGAAUUCUGGAUAAAAACAACCGGUUUGCUGAAGCAGCUCUUCGAUAUUAUGAUUUGUCUGCCAGACCUAACUUGACUUCAUCUGACAAAGCAGAAGCGCUUCAGAAUGCUUUGAAUUGUACCGUGCUUGCAGCUCCGGGGAUGCACAGAACGAGAUUGUUGAAGUUGUUGGUCAAAGAUGAACGGGUUUUCAACUUUGUCGGAUUCGGUAUUGUACAGAACAUGUCUAAAGAAAAGCUAAUUGAUCCGGCUUUGGUAAGUUUUUUUUAUGAUUCUUCUAUAGUUUUGUGUUUUAUUAGGGUUGUUAAUUAUAAUUUUACUAGAUAAUAUUUGGUUUUAUGGUUAUUAAGUGAUAUUUACCCUAAACUUCUUUAAAACAAGUUAUUUGACUGUAUUAUUUACUAUAAAAUGCUCUAAAUAAGUUCUCUUUUUAGUUACCUCAAUUUGAAGCUUCUCUAAAACCAGAACAAAAGAUUAAAGACAAAGAUGGCAACACGCUACUGGAGAAUGCUGUCUUACAACACAAUUUACUGGCCGUAUCUCGUAUCUACAAGUGUGUGUCGUUUGAUGAUGUGAGUGAGCUACUGGGUAUUGCACCUGAUAUGGUAGAGAAAGCUGUAACGAGGCUGAUUUCUACUGGAAGUUUGGCUGGUGAAGUGGAUCAGAUCGAGCGGUUGAUCACUUUUGAUGGUAAGGUUGACUUAAAAUCAGUUACCUUUUGAAAAUGUAGUUGAAAAUGUUUGAAAAAAGAAAGGGUGUUAAGGUAUUUAGAUUUGUUUGUCUAGAAUAAUAUAAUUAGUGGCGUGAAUAGUAAUUUUAUUGUUUAGAGCCAGAAAAGAAGUCUCCAAUCGACUGGAACUCUUAUGUCAUUUCGGUAUGUGAUCAGACCAACAAAGUCAACGAGCUCAUCUCUGCCUAUCAUCCAGAAUGGUACGCUCAGCACGGUCAAGCCCGUUAA